AUGUCGGAAACAGAUAAAACACAAGCUCCGGCGAAAACCGCUUCCAAACGCAAGCCAAAAACAGUUCCUGGAAUUGGUCUCCCAGCAGGUUCCGAUUAUCCCUAUCUUGAACAGAUCACGUCGGAGCCGUGCAACGAGAUGUUUUGUAGAAAAGAAGUUAUAAACGCUCUGGAAAUAGCCCAUAAUGGCUACAAUUUUUAUCGGCCGAAAGAGUCUGUUGUCUAUGCGAAGGAUCUCUCGGGAUAUUUUUACAAAUUGAACAACUCUACAAAGUGCUUUGAGUUUCUGUUUGAAUCAUUCAGAGACAGUACUGGUUAGUUUUUUGUUUCAAAAAUAUUACGAAUGAAAAGGUUGCAGAAAAGAAAAGAGAAAAGAUACGAUACCUUAAAUGCCUGAUGUUAUUUUCUUGCUUCCAGAUUUUACAAGAUUUGAGUUACCACCACAAGCUCCGUGGUUUGCUGGAUUCAAUUCUUACCAACAGCCAGUUUUCCCUCUCAAUGAUGAAGGGCGUCCAAUUCUUCCUAAAGACGACACGGGCGAAACUGUAAUUAAAGUUUGCUAGCAUGCAAUGUUUUACAAUACUAAUUGCAGAUCUACCCGCUAUACGACGACUUGCCUCUUUUCCCCGUAGAUGAUUCAGGUUGCGUUUGCGUUCCACUUGGAGAUGAUGGAAAACCGGCGUUUCCGAGAAUCCCAGAAGAGUUUGGUGCAUACGUGCCUUCCGACGUUAAUGGUUAGUCUUCAAAAAGUGCUGUUGAAUAUUGAAGUAAGAAACCAAACGAGUUCGUAACAACAUCAAAUAUUGUUUGACGUUUUAGACAUUUUCAAUUUCCACAUCGAAAAAAACGAUCUUCAAGAAAGGGGAUGUUCGGUCAUUCGGCGGUAGAAACAUUAUAUGUCGUCAUUCUAAAUUUUGGUUUCAGGCACAGUCGUUCUGCCGCUUGAUGAAAAAGACGAGCCGAUUUAUCCACGAGAUGCGGAAGGUAACGCGUUGAUGCCGUUCAUUAUCACAUAUACCGGAGGCCGUGAGAGAGCAUUGUACUACUCGAAAGGUAUGUGCUGAGUCGAACCUAACAAAAAUAACUGUUUUUCAGGUGUUCCAGUGAUCCCUUAUACCAAUGGAGAGCCUGCAUUCGUUGUUCAUGAAAAUGAAAUCCUGUUCCCGCAUGAAUACCAGCAAAAAAUGAUGAUGUUGGCACAGUCGGAGACAAGUGGCUCGGCUGGUGAUCGUAAUUCUGUGGUUGAUGAGCAAUUCUAUCAGCAACAUGCGACCCAAUAUCAAGCGCAACAAACGGACACGAUUCCGAUGCAAUUCCAUCAUCAGCAAUAUGCACAGUAUAAUCCAACUCCAAAAUCUGUUGCACAAAAUCUACUACAGAAGCAACUCUCUUUCAUGAAGAAAAAGGUGGAUGGUCAAAUCAAGCCGGCCAGUCCAGCUACAGUCGCAGUUUCAAGUUCUGCGGUUCCAGCAGAUCGUCCGAGCAAGCCGAACAAGGAGAAACAACGUGCCGAUAGAUACAUUCCGGAGCCAACAAGACGGUGUGUGAACUUAGUUUCCCGAUGGAUAAAAUUUAUUUUUUUAGAAUGGGUUCCAUGAAUGUUGCCCAUGGACGGAAUUCUCGAGAUAUCGAGCGGAGUCGGCCGUCUCGGGCGCGAUCUCGUUCGUUGACGUGGUCUCCAAUUGAUGACAAACGGAACCGUUCAAGAAAUGGCUCGGACACUCGUAAAAACAAUGACCAGAGGCGUCGCGAACGUUCUCCGCCGAAUUCGAAGUUCAAAGAUCGUAAGUAUUCGAAGGAGAGCCGCGACAAGAAGGAAAAAUACAGCAAUCAGAAAUAUUAA